AUGUCAGCUAUAAACGGAGCCAACGGACGGCAGUCUAUUCGCAAACCCAACCCCCCUGUCGAAGACAGCCUGUUCAAAUCAUUCAGAUUAGACGGCCGUACUGUGAUUAUUACCGGAGGAUGUGGAGGCAUUGGGUACGAGAUUGCGCGUGGUUUGGCUGAGGCUGGCGCGAACCUUGCGCUGUGGUAUCACAGCUCCACAGCCCACCAGAAGAUGCAAAACAAAAUCUCUCAAGACUUUGGCGUCAAGGUUGAAACCUACCAGGUGGACGUUCGAAAAUAUGCAGAGGUCGAGGCGACUGUUGCUCAAGUCGUCAAGGAUUUUGGCCAGCUAGACGUAAUGAUUGCCAACGCCGGCAUCCCCACCAAGGCUGGAGGUCUUGAUGACAAGGUGGAGGACUGGGACAAUGUCCGGGCUACUGAUUUUGAUGGUGCUUACUAUUGUAUGCGCGCCGCCGGUCUUGUUUUCCGAGAGCAGAAGCGCGGCGUUGGCAUCAUCACCGCAAGCAUGAGCGGCCAUGCCGCCAAUGUGCCUCAGGAGCAGAGCUGCUAUAAUGCCUGCAAGGCUGGUUGCAUUCAUCUGGCCAAGAGUCUGUCAGUCGAGUGGGCGAAAUGGGGUGGUCGCAUCAACUCGGUUAGCCCUGGGUACAUUGACACGGCCAUUUCGGGAGAUUGUCCAUUUGAGAUGAAGGAGGAGUGGUUCAGCUUGACGCCUAUGAUGAGAGACGCCGACCCGAGAGAGUUGAGGGGAGUUUACCUGUACCUUGCUAGCGAUGCGAGCUCAUAUACGACGGGAGCGGACUUUAUCGUCGAUGGAGGCUAUACUGCCCGGUAG